GUUGCUGUGGCUGUGGUGUAGGCCACUAGCCUGGGAACCUCCAUAUGCCCUGGGUGCAGCCCUAAAAAGACAAAAACAAACAAACAACCAAACCAAACCAAAACAAAAGAACCCCAAAACCAGAGUGCCCUUUUAAGAACAGAUCCACAGUACAACCAUGAAUGUGCAAGUAAAAAUCACUUUAAAUAAAACAUUUCAGUACUUUGAGAUUUUUCUCCAAAGAACACAGUUGGUAUAAGCUACAAUCUGUUUUUUCCAUUUUAUUUAUUUCAAAAUGUGAGUAUUCUCUAAACUCCUGUAAUAAAACUUGUCAAUGUCUGUCAGCACAACUCACCUUUAAUCCAGGUUUAUACGUUAAAUUAGCUCUGUCUUUGCACUUUUUCAGAUUCCAUAUGCCACUGCAAUCAGGCCCAGGUAUUUGAUUAUGUUAUAUGGAUUAAAAGAUACUAGAAAUGUCAUUUCCUCCCCUUCCUGAAAAAAAAAAACAACUCCCACCACUCUUCUAACAUCUUCGAGCUAGUAUUAUUCAUUAAGUACCACUACAUUUUCUAUAGUUAUAAUUUUUUUCUUUAUCACUGGUGGUUGUAUUGGUAUAAUUGAUAAUCGAAUCCCUUAUACUUAUUUUUAUUCUUUUCCAAAAUACGGGCUAUCACAGUAUGCAAUUUUCAGAUGAUCAGUGAACACCUUAGUAAUGAAUUUAUCCUGUGGGCCAUCAGGAAGCAUCAACACAUUGGGAUUCAGGGAAUUUAGGAUUCAAAAUAGCUGGGAAGUUCAAAGUGGAGAGGUGAGAGCUUGGAAGACACUUUAGCAUUUUGCCUAGUAACUGCCCUGCUGUGCAUCAGUAGGUAACACUCCACAAUUCAAGCCAGAAUCAUGAAGCCAAUAAUGAAGCUCCCCUGUGCCCACCCCUAAACUGUAGUUUCUGGAUAGGGCUAACUAAAUUAUGACUCCAACUCAGACACUUUUGAGAGUGACGGGGGCACUAUACAAAUGUAUACAAGACCACAUAGAGCAUAUUCCAGGCAAGUUGGGGUCUAUUGUCAGCCUAUCCUCAGGUCUGACAGUGCCAACUGCUUGAGCCACAUCUGGAGUCCUUACUGAACUUUCUGGUUCCCAAACACACCUCGACUUUCUCAAUUAAGUAGUACUGGCAAAUUUCCCAUUCAGUUCUUCCUGAACAUUCUGGUUCCCAGAUAUGCCUCAAGUUUCUGAAUUAAGUAGUACUGGCAUACCUUUCCUGUGAUUCUUAUCCAGUGAAGUUUUAGAAGCAAUAAUGGUAUUGAGUUGGUUGGCAAAGCAAGUUCCUAUUAUUUGACAGGAUGUAAUUUAAAGACCAUUACUUUUUAUUUAUUAUUGGAAUAAUAAUAUGUUGGGACAUUUAUAUUCUUACCUGGUUAAACAUGCACUUUAACAGCAAUGGAAUUUAGUUUAUAUCAUUACCUUGUGUUGAGAUUAUUAACAAUGAUAAACUUAUUUUUAGACCCUAUAUAAUAGCCAACACUGAACAUUGCUAUUUGAAUGGAUAAAUUAACUUGUCAUGUUUUUUAAGAAAAUCAUCACAUUUUCAUUCAUGCUUUAUAAGAAGAGUAACACUUACAAUCAGAAUUUGAAAAAUAUUGACACUAGAAUCAUUCUAAAGGAGCAGAGAAGUGUAAAAACAUUUUAGUAGCAUGCAUAUAUUGAUGAAUCAAGUGCCCUCAUUCUUGUAAAUUUCCUUAUUCACAAAUGUUUUAUUUUCAGAUGUUAAUAAUUAUGAGUUCAAAAUUAUUGAUUUCUUUUAAAAUACCUUCUAUAAUUCACAAUAUCAUUAAAAACAAGAAAUUAACCUUUGGAUAACUAGAAGCUCCAUUUUUCAGUUUCUCAUGUUUGGAAAAAGAGAAAUUUCAAGUUUUAUCAGUAUUAGAGGUAUAUUAAUGGAGAAUUUCAUUUAUUGAGUAUUUGAUUCCAAGAAUUUUGAGAGUGAGAAAGUAUUUUUACUGCGGGUGAUGAAAACAUUAUUGACACUUAUAAAAAUUAUGAGAUAAUGCCCAAACUGUGUUUCUGGGGUAUUUGGAAAGUGUAAAUAUAACGAUGAAAUGAGUUGUCUCUGACCAUAGAAAUCAUACAUUUUGAAUUAUUUUCUUUUGAAUCAUAAUUAGGAUUCUUUUUGCCCUGUAAGAUAUAUACCAAAAAAGUGAAAUUUCUCCCUGUAUAAAUGAUUUCUCAGUAAAAAUAUUGCUGUUUUCUUAAAGACAGGAACACCCCUCAGACUGCAGUAGCAAUAUGUAAAAGCUUUGUAGAGUGGCACUAUUCUUAAGGUAAUAAUUUCCCCCAAGGAGCCAGUUUUAUUCCUGAGAAUUAUGAAAAUCAUGUGUGGCUAAACUGAGCCCUGAGAAUAACCACCACUUAGAGAGCACUCGUUCUCCUCUAGGUACUGUCCUUGGCGGCUAAUAUAUCAGAAUGCAUGCAACUCCUGUAUUACUAUGAAGAUGUCAUAAAUGUUAGGAAAGUGGAAACUAAGACAGAGAGAAGUUAUUUUCCCUAAGUCUCCUACUUAGUCAGCUGGAGACUAGAAAUCAGAACUGGGACAUUUCUGAUGCUGAAACCUGUGAUCGUCUCUCUACCUUCUAGUGAUGACUAGAAUUUAGAAGUUGUAAAUACCUCACAGAGAAUUGAGAUGGGUCUAAAUAUAUUUAAGGUUUAUUGAACAUCAAAACUAGGUCAUAGGAGAAGUGAGUUAAAUGGUAUCACUUGAAGAGACAAAUCUGUUAUCCAACAAAAUUCUAGUACACCCAGUAUUACACAAAUAUUAAGGGUGUUUCAAAUUUAACUAGUGACAAUCAUGGUUAGGGACGCAGUUACUUCUCUGUGAUUCUCCAAGAAAAUGCUCCACCAGGGAUUAGCCACUGUGAAUACAUGUGAAUCUUUGAAAGUCCAGAGAGAUACAAAUAUGCAGUAUGUAUGAUAUACACAAGAUAUAUGUGAGUCUUCGGCAGUCCGUAGAUAUUCAAGUAUGUAAAGAUAGAAUGAAAAGAUGAGUUGUUAAACUCAUGGAAUUGUACUUACACAUUAAGCCACCGGAUGUCGCUGUCUUCCACAAAAUGACCUCAGAACAAAGGCAUAAUCCUGUUUCUCAAGACGAAAGGAAAGAGCUGCACUCGGAGAUCUCAGCCAUUUCGAUAAAAUGCGAUGCAACAAAUCAAACAGGAAAAAUCGGAGUUUAUGCGUGUGUUCUCGACUGCCACGUCAUUGAUUUACAAAACAGACGGGGAAAGUAUGAUGUUGGUCUUCAGACGCUGUGGGCUGAGAACCCAAAACCUGCUUCUCUCCUUUCUGCUCCUCGCAGCCUGGGAGGCGGGGAGCAGCCACGUCCGCUACUCUGUCCCGGAGGAAGCCAAACACGGCACCUUCGUGGGCCGCAUCGCCCAGGACCUGGGGCUGGAGCUGGCGGAGCUGGUGCCGCGCCUGUUCCGGAUGGCGUCCAAAGGCGGCGGGGACCUUCUGGAGGUAAAUCUGCAGAAUGGCAUUUUGUUUGUGAAUUCUCGGAUCGACCGGGAGGAGCUGUGCGGGCGGGGCUUGGAGUGCAGCAUCCACCUGGAGGUGAUCGUGGAGCGGCCGCUGCAGGUGUUCCACGUGGAGGUGGAGGUGAGGGAUAUUAACGACAAUCCGCCUCUCUUCUCCGCCUCAGAGCAAAAGCUCUCAAUUCCCGAAUCUCGACUGCUUGACUCUCGGUUUCCUCUAGAAGGCGCAUCUGAUGCGGAUGUUGGAGAGAACGCAAUGCUUACUUACAGACUCAGUCCAAGUGAGUUUUUUGCUCUUGAUAUUAUAAACAAAAAGGACAAAGGCAAAUUUCCAGUGCUUGUUCUACGAAAACUGCUGGAUCGUGAAGAAAAUCCCCAGCUUCAGUUGUCAUUAACCGCAACGGAUGGAGGCAAACCGGAACUUACCGGAUCUGUUACUCUGCUGAUACUGGUGUUGGAUGCCAAUGAUAAUGCGCCCAUAUUUGACCGAUCCCUUUAUGAAGUUAAAAUGCGUGAAAAUUCAGCGAACCAAACGUUAGUCAUAAGGCUGAAUGCAUCUGAUGCAGAUGAAGGAAUAAACAAGGAAAUAAUAUAUUCAUUUAGCUCUUUGGUCCCACCCAGCAUAAGAAGUAAAUUUCUAAUUAAUGAAAGCACAGGAGAAAUAAGAGUCAAUGAUGCAAUUGACUUUGAAGAUAGUAACACUUAUGAAAUUCAUGUAGAUGUUACAGAUAAAGGACAACCACCUAUGGUUGGUCAUUGCACCGUCUUAGUGGAAAUACUGGAUGAAAAUGAUAAUUCACCUGAGGUGAUUAUCACUUCCUUGGCUCUUCCAGUGCGAGAGGAUGCGCAGGUGGGCACCACCAUCGCCUUGAUCAGCGUAUCGGACCGUGACUCGGGUGCCAAUGGGCAGGUGACCUGCUCUCUGAUGCCCCACAGCCCCUUCAAGCUGGUGUCCACCUUCAAGAAUUACUAUUCGCUGGUGCUGGACGGCACCUUGGACCGCGAGAGCGUGGCGAGCUACGAGCUGGUGGUGAGCGCGCGGGACGGCGGCUCGCCUUCGCUGUGGGCCACGGCGCGCGUGUCGGUGGAGGUGGGCGACGUGAACGACAACGCGCCGGUGUUCGCGCAGCCCGAGUACACGGUGUUCGUGAAGGAGAACAACGCGCCCGGCUGCCACAUCUUCACGGUGUCGGCGCGCGACGCGGACGCGCAGGAGAACGCGCGGGUGGCCUACUCGCUGGUGGAGCGGCGGGUGGGCGAGCGCGCGCUGUCGAGCUACGUGUCGGUGCACGCGGAGAGCGGCCAGGUGUUCGCGCUGCAGCCGCUGGACCGCGAGGAGCUGGAGCUGCUGCAGUUCCGGGUGAGCGCGCGCGACGCGGGCGCGCCGCCGCUGGGCAGCAACGUGACGCUGCAGGUGUUCGUGCUGGACGAGAACGACAACGCGCCCGCGCUGCUGCCGCCGCCGCCGCCGUCGCCCUGGCCGCCGCACGGGUGGGCCGGGGGCGCGGGCGGCGGGGCGGGCGUGGUGAGCCAGCGGGUGGCGCGGUGGGUGGGCGCGGGCCAGGUGGUGGCGAAGGUGCGCGCGGUGGACGCGGACUCGGGCUACAACGCGUGGCUGUCGUACGAGCUGCAGGAGGCGGCGGCGGCGCCGGGGGGCGCGCGGAGCGCGUUCCGCGUGGGGCUGUACACGGGCGAGAUCAGCACGACGCGCGCCCUGGACGAGGCGGACGCGGCGCGCCAGCGCCUGCUGGUGCUGGUGAAGGACCACGGCGAGCCGGCGCUGACGGCCACGGCCACCGUGCUGCUGUGGCUGGAGGACGGCGGCGCGGCGCCCAAGGCGUCUUCGCGGCUGGUGGUGGGCCCCGCGGCGGCGGCGGAGGCGGCGCUGGUGGACGUGCACGUGUACCUGGUGGUGGCGAUCUGCGCGGUGUCGAGCCUGCUGGUGCUGACGCUGCUGGUGUACACGGCGCUGCGGUGCUCGGCGCCGCGCGGCGAGGGCGCGUGCGUGCCCGGGCCGGCCCGGCUGGUGUGCUCGAGCGCGGUGGGCAGCUGGUCUUCGUCUCCGCGGCGGCGGCGGGGCAGCGGCAGCAGGUGUGCUCUGGGGAGGGGCCGCCCAAGGCCGACCUCAUGGCCUUCAGCCCCAGCCUGCCUCCGUGUCCACUACCAGAUGGGGAAGUCGGAGAGCAGUCUACUGGAGGCGACACUUCUAGCAAGCCACGGCAGCCCAACCCUGACUGGCGUUACUCUGCCUCCCUGAGAGCAGGAAUGCACAGCUCUGUGCACCUGGAGGAGGCUGGCAUUCUACGGGCUGGUCCAGGAGGGCCUGAUCAGCAGUGGCCGACGGUAUCCAGUGCGACACCAGAACCAGAGGCAGGAGAGGUGUCCCCUCCAGUCGGUGCUGGUGUCAACAGCAACAGCUGGACCUUUAAAUACGGACCAGGCAACCCCAAACAAUCUGGUCCCGAACCCAAAAAGCAGACCCAAGUUUCCUUUCUCCUCCGCCGCAAAGGAGAGGCUUCCCAGCCCCGCCCGUGAGAGGUUGGACUCUCUGCCCUGUGCUCCGGGGAUCCUGUCUUGAUGACACUUGCAGGGCAGGCUGAAAGGUUUUGAGAUUGAGCAGCUUGAGUGUCUCUGGACACUGGGUAUGUGUGGCCACUGAGGGUCUGUGAGUGCCAGGUCGUGGUCGGGAUGGGCCAGGUUAGACUAGAAGGGCUGGGAAACAAAGGCCAAUGAACCGUGGGACGUGUGAAGUGCAAAGGGACCAGACUUUCUCAAUCUUACAACUCAAGAGGUGGUGGCCACCCUCUAGCAGACAAAACUCCCCCCCACUGACAAGGCUUUGGGAAUCCCUAGUCUCUGGGCUGUGGAGUCCCAUUGUACCUAAAAACUGCAUUUUACCUACAAGCCAAUAGUUCAGUGUUGAACAGGGGCCACCAGCCAGGGCAACAGAAGCAGAUCUGAUGUGUUUCCUCUAUUUGUCCUUGUGCUCACUUUAUUAAAAAUUCUUUUGCACACAAUGUUUAUGAAAAGGUCAGAUCCUUUUCCAGCGACACUUAUGCAAAAGCAAAAGAAAACCCCGACACCUCACUUUAUGCUGUUUGUUGUUUGAUAGAUUUAUUUAAAAAAGAGGAACAUCUAUAAACUAUAAACCUUUAAAGAGAAAUAUGAUGAAUACAUUUCCCCUAAAUGAUCCUCGAAAGAGAAGUCCGUCUACAGCCAUUGAAAUGACCAUUGCUGCUACAGAAGUGCUUUAAGAGAAUUGCCUGAAACAUCUGUAUUAUACUGGCCACCUGCCAAUCACAGCUUUACUCUUGCAGAUCACUCUGGGGCUGCCUCUUGCAUGUAUUAAUGACUAAAUAAAAGGAUCUUUCUCUCUCUCUUUUCUAAGAAACAAUUAUGUGCACUUUGAACACACAACCCUCUCUAGCCAACCAUAUCAAGACCCAGAAAUCGAAGAAAAACAUUGUUUUCUCAUACAUACAGUGAGCAGACUUUUCAGUCCUCUAAUUCUGUGAUUUGUCUUGGUGUGCUAGCCAACACCUCUUUGGUUUAGUUUUCUAUUUCUGUAACGCUCUGAAUUGCUAAUCUUGCUAACACCUAUGAUGUUAUCUGAACUCAAUCUCCCAUAUGUAUGCUGUAUGCUAGUAUAAGACUCCUGAAAUAUAUUUACUCUGUGCUUGUGUAUGUGGAUGUUAAUGCAACUAUUACCUAGAGUGAACUUUAAGCUUUAUUGUUGAAUGUAAUUCCAUUAUAUUUCCUUUUGUACACCUGUGGAAAAGUGGAGUAGUGUUUUGUUUUGUUUUGUUUUUUUUUAAACCAUUGUUAAUCAGCUUUUGUGUAUGAAAGACACAGUAAAAUUUCUUUCUUAAAUCAAGAGACUGGUGAUUCAAGGAAUUUUAUUUAUGGUCAGCCAAGAGCCCUCUCUUGCCAACACUCCUGCUGGCAAGGGAAUGGAUAAAGCUGUUUUUUUCUAGUAACAAUUCUGGAAUGAAUACCGAAGAUAUUCCCCAAGGGCGUGCAAGCGCAAAAUUGACCAAUCUGACCUCUUGGAAGUCACAGGAAUGCUUUGAAAUUCUAACAAUAGCUGGAAUAUCAGCUCAUAGAGAACAGGAAAAUUUACUGUCACCUUGAAUAAGAAAUUUUGAUUUUGUUGAAAUGUGCAAUUUAGAAGUUUGAUUAUUAUUAUCUUUUAAAAGUUAACAUAAAAGAGGUAGGAGUCUGUUGUUAAAACAAAACAUUCAAUCUCAAAAAAAAAAAAAAAAAA